AUGCCAUUUGUUCCUGGGUCUGACACAGAUAUGCUUGACGCGCCUAAUGGUACGUCUGCGGCUCAUAUCGAAAACCCACCUACCUUUCCGAUCUGUGUAAACGGGCAUGCAGACGUUACUUUUACCGGCCCCUACGACCCUUCUCGAAGCGAGCAUGCUUCACCCGCGGCUGACCAGACGUCUGCAAUAACGCUGAGACUUUCCGGCGACGUGUCUGCAUCGAGGGAGGAUUCGACAGGAAAGGACCGUCAAAUGUCGCCCAAUAAGGCACUUCCAAUAUCAAGUCUCAAAACGGGACUAUGUUACGACAUUCGUAUGAUGUAUCAUGAACAAAUCAAUGAGGACGAUCACCCAGAGCAGCCCAAACGAAUAUUCUCCAUAUAUAGUGCGCUGGUAGGUGCUGGCUUUGUUGAGGAUCAAGCUCUCAAGGGAGCCUUCAAGGAUGGGAUCAUGAAGCGGAUAGACGCAAGAGAGGUGACAGAAGAUGAAGCUCUGUUGGCGCACUCUAAGGAUCACUGGGACUACAUCUCUAGCACCUCUGCGAUGGAUCCUCUCGCCCUGAGAGAGGCAUGGCAAGAAGGGGACUCUGUCUACUUCUGUCCGGAUAGUUUCUCUAGCGCAAAGCUCUCUUGCGGGGGUGUAAUCGAAUGUGCAACAGCAGUCGUUGAGAGCAAGGUAAAGAAUGCAAUUGCUGUUGUGCGGCCGCCGGGUCACCACGCCGAGUUUCACAAGCCAAUGGGCUUUUGUCUGUUUAAUAAUGUCUGCGUUGCUGCCCAAGUGAUGCUAAAGAGAUACCCGGAAACAAUCCGUAAGGUAUUGAUAUUGGAUUGGGAUGUACACCAUGGAAACGGAACCCAGGCCAUCUUUUAUGAUAAUCCUCAUGUACUCUACAUGUCGAUACAUAGAUUUGAUGGUGGGAAAUUCUAUCCCGAGGGCCAACAUGGGAAUUUUGACAAGUGUGGGGUGGACGAAGGCGUUGGGAUGAAUGUAAACGUUCCUUGGAACAAUAUUGAUGGUGGUAUGGGUGAUGGCGACUACAUGUACGCGUUUCAGCGUGUUAUCAUGCCUAUUGCUCUAGAGUUCGACCCCGAUUUGGUUCUCAUUUCUGCUGGGUUCGAUGCCGCGGUAGGUGAUGAAUUAGGAAAAUGCAUGGUGACUCCAGCUGGCUAUGCGCACAUGACACAUAUGUUGAUGAGACUCGCAAACGGAAAGGUUGUCGUUUGUUUGGAGGGAGGUUAUAACCUAGAUUCUAUAUCCCACUCAGCCUUGGCAGUCACCAAGGUACUACUUGGAGAACCACCCGGGAGACUUCAUGAUGGGGAUAAAGUCAGACCAUCGGCCUCGAGGGAUGUCGAAAAAUGUGUUAUGCAGCAGUCACGAUACUGGCGCUGCAUGAGACUCACAGAGUCAGAUCCUAUGGAGAAAACAAAUUCCUAUCGGUUGCACGAUGUCAUCAGAUCCCAUCAAGCGAAGGUAUUGUGGGAGAAGCACAGGAUGUCGGAUUUGAAAAUAUUUAGAGACACCAUCUCUGUGUCCUUUGAGAACCAAGUUCUUGCGACAACAAAUUCUUAUAAAGCUGAGACAUUAGUCCUGCUUGUACAUGACCCACCGUCGGUAUGGGCACUCCUGGAUUCCAAUAUGAUAAACAGGAUUGCGCCCCACAACGCCUUGCUGGAAGAUGUAGGUAACAUGUACAUCGAUUGGGCCGUGCAGAGAGGAUAUGCUGUCAUGGACGUAAAUAUACCACAGGCUUUGACCACCAAAGAGGGCACAUUGGCCGAACAGCACGAAUACGAAGUAAUGAGGCAAACGGAAGAAAUUUGCAUGUACCUUUGGGAUAAUUACAUUGAGAUUUCUGAUGCCAAGAAUAUAAUACUCAUGGGCGUUGGAGAUGCCUUUGUUGGGAUAUUAUAUCUCCUAGCUAACCGGGAGUGCCGUGAACGCGUCAAAGGGGUCAUUGGCAUAGUCGGUGAUGAGAACGGCCUCAGGGCCUGUAAGCCCGGAAUCCACGGCGACAUACUCAUCGACUGGUACUUUAAUAAUUCCUUGAUCUUUUGCACCCAAGAGCAUAACGUUUGGGGGGUAAGACGAGGAAAGAAGAAACACGGCACGAUCCGCAAAUCACCUGCGACCAACCUUCAGGAUGUACUGCGCGAAGCAUACGACGAAAUGACACAAUGGCUCACGGAUAGACUUCCCCCACCCCCACCCCCACCCCCCACCAUCAUACGAAGACCUAGCAGUUCUUAG